GAAGUCAAAAGAUAUUUGUGGGUGAGAAGGAUGCAUCACUCAACUUCCACCCCUCUAUAAAGGCCCCUCGCUUUUUGGAUGGCGCUUCACCCAUCCUCCUACAGAACAAGAAGCAGUGAAACAAGCACAUGGCUCGCUUGGUGUUGUUGCUGUGGUAUCUAGGUACCUUAGCAGCAUUUCGACAAGCUUCUGCUGUGGAGUACACAGCACUGAACAACGCGUCUUCAACAGCCGGUGGAGCAAGGUUCGAUGGUGAAAUUGGCACAGAGUACACCAAGAAAGUAAUGAACUCCUCCACUGUAUUCAUUUGGCAAAUUUUCCAAGAAUUGACCUCAGAGGACAGAAGAGAUGUGCAAGCUGUAAGUGUUUUUAUUGAAUCCAUGGAGGGGGUAGCAUAUGCACUUAUCGACACGAAUGAAAUUCACGUCAGCUCGGAGUACAUAGGAAACUACUCCGGUGAUGUGAAGAACGAGAUAACUGGGGUUUUGUAUCACGAGAUGACGCAUAUAUGGCAGUGGUUUGCCAAUCAAGAAGCGCCGACUGGUUUGACAGAGGGAAUAGCGGAUUUUGUGAGGCUGAAGGCGGGGUAUGCACCAAGCCACUGGGUGAAACCAGGCCAGGGAAACCGGUGGGACCAGGGCUGUGAUGUCACAGCACAUUUUCUGGACUAUUGUGAUGGUCUUCUGAGUGGGUUUGUAGCAGACAUGAACAAGAAGAUGAAGACUGGCUAUAGCCCUCAGUAUUUCGUUGAGUUGCUGGGGAAGACAGUUGAUCAGCUCUGGAGUGACUACAAGGCUAAAUAUGGAAGUUAGGUUACUUUUUCUGUAAUGAAUAAAGUCCAAGUAAUUGUUUUCCAGGGAAAAAAUGGUUAUAUGCAGUCAUUCUCUGUAAUAUGCUGAUUUAAAGCACAGCCAUUUAAGUUUUUCGUUUCUUCCAAAAAGUUCAGAAGUAGGUGGUGUGAUUAAGCUAA